CUCACAGCAAUAAACAUACAUACAGUAUUUUACACCCAAUAUUAGAAGAUCAGAGAGUUUCAGUAAAGUAUAAUAACUCUAUGAUAUAGAGUAAUGUAUUGCUCAGUAUGCUCUAGUGAUCAUUAUUUGAACUUAAACUGAAGCAUGUGAACAUUUGAUCUAUUUUUGCUGGUCUCAGCAGAGUUUUAUGAAUCUGAACUGUCCAUAAAUAAUGGUGACGCCUCUGUAAACCAGCAGAGGGAAACCUCACACCUACUUAUACUAGUGAUGAGACUGGAGGGUUUAUUCAGUUCUCAGCAGGCAUUAAAGGUACAAUCCAUGAUAAAAAUGUCAACAAAAGGGCAGCUCACCCACAUUCAAAAUACAAAACUGAUUAAACUCAUUAAUUGUUUCUAAAUUUAUAACAGCACUAGAAAGCAACUACGUUAAAGCUCUUACUGUUUAAUGCUUUGAAAGGUUUGUUUACAUCAGUAAUGUGUGUAAACAUGGGAGCAAAUCAGAGGGGUGUUCCAUCAACGCAGCUAAAGAAAGCUGCGCGUACUUGAUAUAGCCUGGAUUCAAUUAACGUCAACUUUCACUUAAGCCUCAACCCGUUCCACUAACAUGAUUCAGCCGUGUCUAGUCAAAGCUAAAUCUAGCCAGACUUGAACAAUCAUCAUGUGUGCGUGUGCACGGGGUACAUAAGCAGCCCCGAACAGUCGAGUGUUGAAAAGACGAUGCUAUGUUGCAAAAAGAGGGGAAAACGAGAGCGGUGUUCUUUUCAGCAGUGGAACAAACCCUGCUGAUGAAAUUAUAGAAAUUAUAUGAAGAAUAUAAAGACGUCAUCACUGAAAAGGGCAAAACUGUUGCAAUCAACAAGGCGGAGAUGGCUUGGCAAACAUUUGCAGACAGAUUAAAUGCAUAAAUUAUACAAGCCUACUUAUUGUUUCAUUUGUAUUUAUUAAUAAAUGAACAUUCAGAUCACUAGAUACUUUAAGACUGUGGCUAUAUAAUCAGUAGGCUAGAUAACAUCAGAUAUAUGUUUAAAACAAUGGUAUAGGCUAUCUUAGGAGAACCGACAUAACUACAAUGCAUUUACUGUUAUUUGGUCAGUUUGGUGUAGUGUGUGAAGCUUCUCUGACCUUGUAACCCUUGACCUAUAUUCAUUCUUCACUGUUGCAUCUCAACAGGAACAAUCUGAAUAGCCAAAACAGAACCGGGCAACAAGUCAAAAUACAAUACAAAAACAUUUUCCAGAGUGGUAAGUAGCGUAUAAUGCAAUGUGAAAUGUAUUUGUUAACAUACUUGUUGAGCUGUGAAUAUAUACCUUUGUAGCCACCCAAAAAAACGAUGGAAGCCAAUGCUACUGGUGGGGGACCUCUGCCAGAGGACCUCACACCUGCAGAGGAGCUGGUGUUGAGCCGCAACAAGGGGCGACCACUAAUUGAGGGGACUCCUCAGAAGUCAUUCCCCAAGGAGCUCGGGGGACACGUGUACAAGUGAGUGGGGACACGAUUUGCCUGCUGGAUCCCCCAACUCAAGAUGCUGAAGGCCUGACCCAUGGAGAUGGCGCCAGCACAUCUAGUACCCUUGAAGAUGAGGACACAAAGAGCCUUUUUCAAACUAACUCCCACACCCUCUCCCUACCUACUUCCACUCCAUUUGCAUGUUCAUGUGGAGGGUCUGCCAUAUUAAGUGUCAUCCCAAACCAACUAGCGGGGAGUGGAAGUGGGUUAUAAAUUCCUCCAACAGUGAGCCUGCAUCGAUGCUGACUUACUGAGCAUGUGCAACAUCUGUUGUGUUCGUCAUAGAAGAUGCUUCAUACAAAUGGAAGUUCCGUGCGACAACCUGUAAACACAUUUAAUCUUAAACUGCUCAAACUAAGAUGGACAUUUAAUAUUGUCAUACAGACGUUAACAAUGUAAAGGUUAUAUUGUAUUUAGGAUCAAAUAUAGCUGUCUCUAGAGUAGAAAAUGUUGUGUUCAUUUGACUGUAAAAUGUUGUAUAUUUACAGGGACUGUUGCAAAAACAAAGCAGCUCAUACACAUCAGAGUGAAAAAUGAAAACAUGUUCACCAGAAAAAGAAAUGCCACCAAAGAAGCUUGGGAGUUCAUUAUCAAGGAAUUAGACCUUGAGGGUGUUGUGUCACCCAAACAAGUCUCAAAGAAAUGGGAGAACAUCAAAAAGAUGUACAAGGAACUGAGAAGGCCUCCCACUGGGUCUGGAACAGACCAGGGGGAGGAAACCCCAGCCACAUGGUCAUUUUAUCUUGACAUGCAUGAGGCAAUGGGGUCCAAGUCAUCUGUAACUCCUCCUGUUCUCAUUGCCUCAUGCAUGUCAAGCCCUACUAUACUCCCAGGUCCCUCUCCCUUCAGAAUGCCCGAUUCCAGCCCCAGUGACCCCCUAACCCCAUCAGAUCCUGUUUCCCUCCCUAGCACAUCUUCAUCCUCACCUGAACCCCCCCAGCCCCCACCUGCCAAAAAGAAACGUGUGACCACUGAGCUGCUGAUUGAUUUUUACAGAAAGAAGCGGACAAGGAAGAAGAGCGACGCCAGCAGAUUACAUAACAAACAGAAAAAUGAGUUUAUUUGAGGAAA